AUGUCAGUUGUCAACGUGACCAACAUUCGGCUGGGGAACAACCCCUCGCCUAUUUCCGCGCCGUUCGUCUUCGAGAUCUGCUUCGAGGCGCUGACGCCUCUGAAGGAGGAUCUCGAGUGGCGCGUAGUCUACGUGGGCUCCUCGGAGUGCGAGAAAACGUCGCGAAAAGUUAAGAAGGAGAAGAACGACAAGGCAGGUGCCGCCGCGCCCGCCUCUCCUGCGGCGCCCGCCACCGCCGCGCGGAAGUCAGAAUCCGCUGAAAUGGAGGUCGAAGAAGAGAGGAAAACGCUCAGUGAUGAGAAGAAAGACGAAGAGGCGGGCGGAGGCGACUACCUCCUGGACUCCGUCAUGCUCGGCCCCAUUGAGCGCGGCGUGUUGGCUUUCGAGUUCGCGGUCAACCCUCCUGACUACACUCAAAUGGACCCCAGCAGCGUCUUGGGCAUGCAGGCUGUCCUCGUCUGCGCGCUGUACAAACAACAGGAGUUCAUGCGCAUCGGCUACUACCUCAACAACGCCUACAGCGACACCGUUCUGCGCGAAAAUCCGCCCGACGUGCCGCUGUAUGAUAAGCUGAUUCGCUGCAUCGUGGAUGAGCCGCGCGUGACUCGCUUCCCGAUCGUCUGGGACGAGGAGGCGGGCCUUCCUGCGGCGGAGAGCGAGGCGCCCGCGGCGACUGUCCCCGCCCAGGAGGCGGAGAAGAGCGCCUUCAUGGCCAGCGCCCCGGCGCGCGAAAAGGUAGGCGAAGGAGAGAAGGAAAACGCACCGGAAGCGAACGAGGUGCAGACACGAACGAAUGCGGAAGGGGACGCGGAGGCUGACGCAAGCAAGUCGAGCGCGUGA